AUGACAGCCUCGGCGAGCGCAGGCGAGGCAAACCUUGGCCCUCAUCACCAUCCGUAUUUCCCUCCAGCCGUCGUGAUCCCUCACUACAUCCCCAGCACGACGCCGCUGCUCGAGAUCCUCGCCCCCUUUGCUGCCCUCGCAGCCCUCGCCAUCAUCCCAGCCGUAGUGUUUGCAAGGCGACACACGAGCCGCACAAUCGACCAGUUUGCGGCUGGCUGGUUCGCUCUCUGUGCAUUUCUACACAUUUGCUUCGAAGGAUACUACAUCGUCAAUAGGACCAACAUCGCCGGCCUAAACACGCUGUUCGCCCAACUCUGGAAGGAGUACACGCUCUCUGACUCGCGGUACCUCACCCUCGAUGUCUUCACCGUCUGCGUCGAGACCAUCACGGUUCUCGUCUGGGGCCCUCUCUCCCUCCUAACCGUGCUGGCCAUCGUGUCCCGCCGCCAUGCGCUCCGCCACACUUGCCAGAUCACCGUGUGCGUCGCGCACCUGUACGGCGUUGCGCUGUAUUACCUGACCAACUGGGCCGAGGGCGUCUCCUACAGCCGCCCGGAGGUGCUGUACUUUUGGGUCUACUAUGUCGGGUUUAACGCGCCCUGGGCCACCGUUCCGUUGUGUAAGCUUGGAUCCUGA